AGCUUACUUCAAUUCAGCUGAGGCCGGCCUCUUUCCCAUUCACUCCGAUAUCAAGUCGCCAUACGACUGUCGAGGUUUUGUUGCAUCCAUUUAUUUCGUCGGACCUAAUAUCCAUCGAACAACAUGCCUCCUAAAUUCGAUCCCUCAGAAGUGAAAAUCAUCUACCUUCGUGCUGUUGGUGGUGAAAUUGGUGCCACUUCAUCUUUGGCCCCCAAGAUUGGUCCAUUGGGUUUGUCUCCCAAGAAGGUUGGUGAAGAUAUUGCCAAGGGAACCCAGGACUGGAAAGGUUUGAAGAUUACUGUCCAGCUGACAAUCCAGAAUCGUCAAGCUGCUGUUUCAGUUGUUCCAUCAGCUUCUUCCUUAGUCAUCAAGGCACUCAAGGAGCCCCCUCGUGAUCGCAAGAAGCAAAAGAACAUCAAGCACAACGGCAACAUUACUUUUGAUGAGGUCAUUGCAAUUGCUCGAAUCAUGAGGACCAGGUCUCAAUCCAGAUACCUCAUCGGAACUGUUAAGGAAAUUUUGGGAACCUGCAUGUCUGUGGGUUGCACGAUCGAUGGCCGAACUCCUCGUGAUGUUACCGAUGCUGUCGCCAACGGAGAGCUGGAAGUCCCAGAAGAGUAGAUCCGCGCCUGCUUGUCAUAAUGAUGAUGAGUUCAAUAAACGGAUCUAAACCGA